GCCCCCUGAGACCCACCUUCACGAACAGCUCGAUCUCAGGCUCCUCGGUGGCGUUGUUCUGCCGACUCUCCAUCCCGGCAGCGUCGGGAGGGACUGCUGGCUGCCCACUGCUCUGGAAGGAUGACCAGCUUGCUCUCCUCCCCAGGAUGGGAGGGAAGCGUUUGCCGUCAGACCGUCCUGGCGGCCGUCCCAGCGGAGCAGCUUCACAGCACCCACAGGCUUAACUCCACCCCCGGGUGAGUCCCGUCUCCCACCCUGCGGGGACCCCAUCGCUGGUACCGAGCUGUGCACGAAAUGGGGAUCCUGACUGCUUGACUCAGCCCCGCCCCAGCUCGGGAACAGACGCCUUGGGAGGCAGCGCAGGCAGCCCUUCCCUUCCUCCUCAAAUGCUGAAUGGCCGGACAUUUGCCGAGAUGGAGAUUAGGGCACACGUGUGUCUGGAUUUCUGCCUCACCAUGUCCGUGAGAAAGCAGGGGGCAUGUUGGAAGCCUUGCCAAGCUCAGGGGGAACAGAGGUGGGAGGGAAGGGGCUGCCGGUUUCUCUGCCAGCAGUGGUAAUGCCAAGGCACAGCACCCGCUCGCCUGCCACGGAGCGCCUUCGGAAGUAUGUCCCUCCCUCCCUGUGGGAGGUGUCCCUGUGGUGAGGGUGUCCCAGCUGUCCAGAGCAGCCCCUUGCCCUGGGCAGCAGACAAAGAGCGGGUUUGCAGGCGCCCCGGCGCUUUGGCAGGGCAGAGAAGCGAGCCAUUGUCCCCACACACUGCCAGCCCCGGCACCAGCUGCCGCCGAGGACCGCCGGAGGCUGCCUACCGGGACGCAGCAGAGCUUCAGAAGGUGCACCAUGGCUGGGCUGGUGGGGCCAGCAGCCCUGGUCCUCCUUUGCCUGGCUGUGGGGCUGGAGGCCAGCCCAGAGCUCUCUGGGUACCUGCGCAAGGUGCUGAGGAACCACACGGCCCACACCUGUGAUGGGGAGCAGCUCCUCAUCGUCUGCCCUCGCAAGACCACCAUCAGCAUCCUUGGUGCCUUCUAUGGACGUCGCGUGCCCAGCCCCAACCUCUGCCCCAGCCCUGGCAACACCUCCCAGGAGAGCACUGAGUGCACGUCUGCCACUGCCCACCUGAAGCUGCUGUCUGAGUGCCAGGACCAGCAGUGGUGCCAGUUCUCCGUUCACAGCCAAGUCUUUGGGCCAGACCCAUGCCCUGGGACGCACAAGUACCUCAUCACUUCCUACAAGUGCCGCCCAGGGAACCAUCGGGUCAAGACUGUGUGUGAGAAUGACAAGCUGAGGCUGCAGUGCCGAUCAAAAUCUGUCCUGGCCAUUUACUCUGCAAAUUACGGAAGAUUCCUGCGGGGCAAACCAGAGUGCGAUGCCCUGAACGCUGAGGGACCCCAUAUAGAAUGCUUGGCUCCGGAUGCCCUGCGGAGGGUCUCCAAGAAGUGCCACCGCAAGGGGAACUGCACCGUGGCUGCUGACCGGGCCACCUUCGGAGACCCAUGCCUCCCCGGCAUGAAGAAACAGCUGCGAGUCUCCUACACCUGCGUGCCCAAGCAGCUGCUGGAGGAGGUGGGCCCUGACACCUCGGACCCCUUCCUGCUCUCGGACUACAUGCACGGUGGCUGGUACAAAGGGCCCAGGUUCUCCAGGCUCCGGGAAGACCGGAUGAUUUUUACUAGCUCCCUGGCAGCUUUUGCCCACCUUUGGGGUGUCCCAGAGAAAGUUGGCCUCUACUUUCUCUGUGGGGUCUCGGGAGGCCUCAUGCUCCUGCUGUGCAUCAUCAGCCCCAAAACAACCUUUCUCCAGGAGGUGGGGGAGGCUCUCAAAGACACGGAGCUGGGAAGCAGCUCAGAGCUGAGCAGGACCAAGCUGCGGGACGAGCAAGACGAAGACCUUCCCGAUGACAGCUCCUCAGACUCGUCCUUCCGCCGCCUCACCCGCACCUACCGGGCCACUGACAGCAUCUUCAGCCCUGAGCUGACGGCGGCCAUGGAGGGAGCGGUGGAGCACCAGGGCCGUGGUGGGGAGGAGAUCUGGAUGCCCAAGGAGUCGAGCCCGUACGCCAUCCAAAAGAUCAAAUCGGCCACCAAGUAAGAACUGGAAGAAAAAGGCCAGAGAGCAGAGGCUAAGUGGGACACAAGCGUUUGAGCUCCUUGGGGUGAGCGGGCAUCCCAAGUGGCAGCAGGGCCAUAGCAGCCCCAGUGUGGCCAUCAACCCACUGCUCCACCAGCCUGGAAACUUCUAACCUGGGGAUAAGAUGAGGUCCCCGGCUGUGAUGAGGGGCAGCGGGAUGGCUCGUGGGGCCGCUGGCUCCUUUGCCACAAACACGCUGCUAACCCUAAGCUAACCUCCCCAUUCUCAGCUCGCAUCGGCUGGCUCUAGUACUUAACCCUGCUCAGCCACACUGAGCACACCCUGAGCCUUUCCAGGCUGUUUGCUCCUCUUUCUUCUUGGGUGCUGGCUUCCACCCCUGGUGCUGCAAACACCUGGCAGCACUCAGGCAGCAUGCUGCUGGCAGCAGAGAUGCAGGAAUGGCCAGGAUGCGGGGAGGAUGCAGGCGGAGCGGGUGGAGAGCACCACGAGCAUCACCCAGCACGGCCCUGCCACGCCACGUGCCUUGCAGCCCUGGUGUCCCCAGCGGAGCUGCACCCCGGGGCUGGGGCAGCUGGCAGCUAGGUACAGUGCUGGCUGUCACCUCCCUGUGGGCAUUUGGGAGCUCUGUCACCCUGUGCAGCUCUGUGCUUUCCUUCACGCUUCCCCCACCGGCAGGAGAGCACCAGGGUUAACUUGCUGGGGCUUUUUCCAGUAAAUAAAUGCAACAGCUCAUA